AUGUUACCUCCUCCCAAAAGGCUAGCGCAGGAAUCCGCCAUUCCGGCCAUUUGGAUGCGAUCCGGGACAUCCAAGGGUCUGUUUCUGCAUCGCGAGCAUCUCCCCGCAGAUGAGGCGAAGUGGGAACCCAUUCUCCUCGCUCUCAUGGGCUCGCAGGGGGCUCACUCUGGAGAAAGUGCGCCGCAGACCGACGGCCUUGGCGGGGGCACGUCCACGACGUCCAAAGUGGCCAUCGUGGGGCGGGCCUCUCGGCCCGGCAUCGACUUGGAUUACAGCUUCGUCCAGGUGGAUUUCAAGGCUGGUCGCGUGGACCGCUCAGGGACGUGUGGGAAUAUGGUGACUGGCGUGGGACCGUUUGCGUGGGAUCAGAAUCUGCUCGCUCCUUCAUCGGGAUGGUCAUCUCCUUUAUCAUCAGUAGCAGUAGAUAAGGAAAUUGGCGAGAUCAACUCAAUGAUCGAUAUCCAGGUCCUCGAUACCAAUACCGGCCAAAUCUUUCGUCUCACCAUGCCCAAUCCGCACUACCACCACCAGCACCCGGACUCACCUUCCAUCUCUCUGUCAACCUGGGACGCGAUCAGGGUGACCAUGGUGCAUCCAGGUGGUCAAAUGGCGGGGACGCUGUUUCCCAAGAAGGGGAGCAGCAGUAGCAGGAGCGAAGAAGAACGCACUACCUUGCUGGAGAUUCCUUGUGGCUGGACGGGCCAGCUCCUCCGCGUCCGGGCCACGUUGAUUGACUGUGGCAACCCGUUUGUGCUGGUGGCAGCGGCCGACAUGCCCGCGCAAUACCACCAGGAACAGCAGGACUUGCUGUUCAGCGACGCGGCUCGCCUGACGGUGGAAACGCUUCGUCGGGCUGGCUCCCUUUGUCUUGGGCUGGCGACCAGCUGGGACGCGGCGGCCCGCCAGAGGACAGUUCCUAAGAUCGCAGUGGUGACACCAGCUACAGCUGAAAGUGCUUCCGUAGAUGCGACGGUGACGGCUUAUAGUCUGGGCGACUUGCAUCCGACGAUUCAACUCACGGGUGCAGUCGCAUUGGCGGCCGCGCUGAGUGUGCCGGGGACUGUGCUUGCUGCUGAAACAACAGCCAAGGGGGGCAAUGGAGACCGUACCUCCUCCUACACAUCUUCCACCUUCCGAACCUGGCGCAUUGCCCACCCUCGAGGCACGGUGAAGGUCGAGACUGUUUCAUCGCGGAAGGCGGACGGGGCCUACUGCAUUGAGAGUGCAUCGGUGAUACGGACGGCGCGAAAACUAUUCGAGGGGCAGGCCUUCUACUCUUUGAGAUAG